UGUUUUAAAAUAAUCAUUUGAUAUUCGCGCGCUCAAAAUUGAAACCAAAGGUGCAUUCGAUUGUUUUUGUUCGUUGGGUUUAGUUUGAGUGUAUAUAUUCUAAUUAACGCAAGAUGCGACCACCCUCGCAAUUUGGAAAUGAUAUUACAAAUCAAAAUGACGAAGAGCCCGAUCCAAGAAUGAUUUCGAUGAUAAUCUGUACAAGUUUAGCAGGAAGGGCUGUGACUAGGGUUGUCGGAAGGUGUAAUGAUGCAAAGGAAAACAGUAAUCUAGAUCUAUCAAACUGCCAAUUAAUGCAAGUACCAGAUGCAGUAUACCACCUAAUGAGACACACCGAAUUAAAAACCUGUGAUCUAAGCGAAAAUGUCAUUACAAAAAUACCUCCAAAAUUUGCGGCAAAAUUUAGCUUAAUUACCGACUUGAAUUUGGCACACAAUCAAAUGGCAAAACUUCCAGACGAAAUAGCGGAAAUGGGCAACUUACAAAGGCUGGAUAUAUCAUACAAUACGUUUAUAGCUCUACCAAAUGCGAUAUUUAAAAUACCUAAGUUAGAACAUCUCAAUGCCUGCAAUAAUCAUAUAAUUGAUGUAGAAGUGGAAGUGUUAGAAGAGGCGCCAGCUUUACAAACACUGGACCUUUGUAAAAAUCCAUUAACGCCGAGAUCUCACGACUCACUUUCAGCAGUAACUAAAAUUCAGAUAACGUUAACUCCGAGAGAGAAAGAGGACUGGGAAGAUCUCACUAUUUAAAGUUUUCCAAUAUUUAGACUAAUGUAACCUGCCUAAUAACCCUGAGGUCGAAGCGUUAUUGUAGAUAAACGUAUAAAUUUGGUUAUUUGAAAAUUUUUACUAAUUUUACGCUUUCGUUUUCCUUACAUAUGUUUUCUUGAAAUCAUGCUCAUAUACUUACCUAUUGAGUUGGUGCUAUUUCGUAUUUAAGUAUUGUAAAGUAUUUGUAUUUUUAUAGUUGAUAUUAUACUACUCGCGAAAAAGUAAGUAUAUAUAUACAUUAUUGUAUAAAUAAAUAUAUACCAAUUAUCAUUUUGAUAAUGUUAAAGUACUUAAAUAGCUCGGAUGUUCCCUGCAGUAUUAAGUACAAUAUAUUUGUUGUGUGAGUAUUACUUUUUUACCACUUUAACGUUAAUACCUGAUGUGUUUUCUAUAAAGAUUGUAUUUUUAAUAUUUGUAAUAGAAAGAGGACAUAUUAUUGUAUACGAUUUACGGACGAGCAUUUGGUAUGUUUGACUACUUCAUCUAGUCAUUUUGUGAUCAGGGCAAUAAAACAAAUAUGAUUU